ACUGCACAGCAAAAUCAAAAGGAUCGCUUCGCAACCCCUUCAAAACCAGGAAUAAUCCAGCAUCCAUCUCAUCAUGAACUUCAACCAGAUCUUUGUUUUUGUCGCCCUUAUUAUGGCCAUCUGCUUAGGACAGUCUGAGGCCGGUUGGCUGAAGAAGAUUGGCAAGAAAAUCGAACGCGUUGGCCAGCACACUCGGGAUGCCACCAUCCAGGGUUUGGGAAUCGCUCAGCAAGCUGCCAAUGUUGCAGCUACUGCCAGAGGAUAA